AUGGCAAAACAACAGCGGUUUACAGAGUGUGUCAUUUGUAUACUUCGAUCCGAUACAGGAACUCUAUACGAGAUACCUGUCAAUCCUUCUAUAUUAAUUGGAACGAUUAAAGAGUCAUUAACAACAGUUACAGGUAUACAACCAAACGAACAAAUCUUAUUAGCCGAUACCAAUUUAAGUUCAAAUAGAAGUUUGGAAUCUUAUAACAUCGUUAAAGAUAGAGAAAUAUACCUAUUCAACAAGAGAAUAUUAGAUAAUCCUAGUUAUUAUCCAGAGGAUGUAAACUUGGCAUUAAAUGAUUUCAAUGUACCUAGACUACCAACACCAAAGAACUUAAAGGAAUUAGAAACCUCUUUGAACCCACUCAACAAGUUAUUUACUCUAGAAUUCUAUCUCAACAAUCAUGUCGUUGGAACUCAAUAUCUCAAAGAGGUCUAUGAAAACAAAGUGGUACAAUGUAUGAAUAGUCUUAGUGAAUUAAAUAUUCAAAAGAAAUGUAUAUCUGCUGCAUUAAAUAGUUUGGAUGAUUAUAAAAAUAAGUUAUUACAAAAUUAUUCAAAUUUAUCAACAUCAUACAAAAAACAAGCUCCAGGAUUCGAAUCUUUAUUAUUAUCUUUUGAAACUGAUUUAAAUAGAUUAAAACAAGUUAAAUUACAUGAAUCAUUAAGAUAUCCAAAUAGGCAAACAUUAUUGGAUUGUAUACCAGAAAAUGAAAUUAGAAAAUGGAGUGAACAAUGUAAAAGAGAAUAUGAAACUUUAAAGAGUAAACUUGGUGAAUUGGGAUAUCAAAUUGAUAGUAUCAUGGAAAAUGUUGAUUCAGAAUUAAAGAAAACUGUUGAUACAAAUUUUAUGGAUUUAAAUGAAAGAAUAACAUUUUCAAGAGAAAAUACAAAACAAAUUCAAGCUCUUCACCAAUCAACUUUAUCAAAUUCUGAAAAAAUCAAAAGAUCAUUAGAAUCAUCUAGAAAUUCAAAGGAUCCAAAUCAAAUAUCAAGUAUUUUAAUGUCAUUUUCAGAGAUUAAAAAUUCCCAAGAUACAAGUAUACAAUCAUCAUUGAAAAACAUUGAACAUCUUUCUUCUACUUUAUUAUUAUUUCAAAAGGCAAAGAAUUAUAUGAAUCAUUUUGUAUUUUCAACAUUAAGAAAUAUAUCAAAGUUACAAGCAAAGAUGCAUGAAUUGAUUAAUAGUUUUUCAAUUUGGAAUGAUGCGAUUAAUAAGCAAAGUACGAAUUUCUUCCAAUUGGAAUGUAUUCAUCAUAUGCCAUCGGCCUAUGAAGAUGCAUUGACAGAGACUUCACGUAGAAUUAAGUUUGGUACGUCGAUUGGUUCCAAUUUAAAUCGAUUUUUGGAUUCUUUAAAUUCAAUCAGAGACGAGGAAAAUGCAAAACGUCAAACAUUCUUUGAAAGAAUCUAUCAAUACCUUCCUCCCAAUAUAUUCCAAUCUCUCAAAGAACAAUUACCAGCUUUUCAUCUUUCUCUACCACCAUUUGAUACUCAAUUGUUACAAAUCAACAACACAAGUAGUAACAUUAUUAAUAAUAGUGGUACGUUCAUGUCAGAUUCAGCUCCAAGAAUUAAAUCUGUUUUAUCUCAACCAAUCAUUGGUUUUCAACAGCAGCAACAACAACAACAGACAGGUUCAAAUAAUAGUGGUGGAAAUAGUGAUGUAGAAGAUGAUUUUGCUUUAAUCGAUGGAUUUGAUCAAAUCAAUAUGAAUAGAACAAAUCCCAACAACAAAAAAACAGAUUUUUCUACUGGCUCUACUUUUGUUGAUAAAUCUUCCAAUUUAGAUUCAAAAAUAUUAGAAUCACAACAAAAAGAAAAAAUUAAAUCAUUGGAAAUGAAAUUACAAUCAACCUUUUUAAUGGCAUCAAAAGCAGAUGAAAAAUAUAGAGAUUUAUUAGAGAAAUCAAGAAUAUUCCAGAGUGAUAGUGUCACAUCUGAUCAGUUUAGAAAGAAUCAAAUCGAAGAGGUUCGAAAAGAAUUGGAUGACAAGAAACAAGAGCUUUCAAAGUUGUUGUUGGAGAGUGCCUCACAACAAAAGCACAUUGAUACACUUCAGUCUCACGAAAGCGAAUUGUCAAACAAGAUUAGAGAACAUGAAUUGGAGAAUACCAUCAAAAAGAAACAAAUCGAAGAGUUGGAAACCAAGAUUCAACAAUUGAAACAGGAAAAGGAGGACAAGCAGGAUGAAGAUUCCGAAUCGAUUGAAUUGUUGACAGUCGAGUUGAAAAAGGCAAACACUGACAAGCAAGAGCUAUCCAACGACGUUAAAGAGCUCAAGCAACAAAUUGCACGUCACGAACAGUUUAUUGAAAUCAGCAACUCGUCGUCGAUCGAAUCACAAGAAAGCAACACCAAACUACUCAAUGAAAAGAGUACAAUCAUUGGACAUUUGGAGAACAAGGUGUUGGGAUUGGGCAACGAGUUGGAGAGUGGAAAGAUUGCAAUCGUUAACCUCAACGACCUACUCAAGCAAUCUGAAAAGGAGGUGCGUCGAUUGGAAGAGUCAACCAAGAUGUUGGAGGAAAAGAUUGCGUCAAUGGACAAGACAAUCGCCAAGCAAUCCUCUGAUUACACGUUUAAGAUUUCGGAGUUGACAAGCCAACUUGAUGACCUGUCCGAGGAGAGAUCACAUGGCCAAGUAGAGAAUGAAGACUUGCGUUACGAGUCUGAGAAACUUACUCGCCAACUCAAGGUUGCCAACGAAGAAUUGGCAACUAUGCGUAUGGUCUUGGAUGCCAAGAGUAGCGAGAGUGUAGAUUCAAUCGAGCGAUUAAACAGCACUCUUCAAGAGUAUGAAAAGGAGUUGGACAAGUCGCAUUCUCGUCUGACCGAGAUGAUGCAGGCCAAGGAACAGCUGCAAAAAGAGUUGGAAGACGCACUCGACACUAUCCGCUCCAAGGACACUAUCAUCUCGAUUGUUCAGAACCAAAUGAACGACUUGACCAACGAUAUGAAGCAAAAGGAUGAGAUUAUCUCAUCGUCGGAACUCCAACUCAAAGAGAAUGAAGUGACCAUCAAAGAGAAUGAGGCAACCAUCAAGGAGAACGAGGUAGCCAUCAAGACGUUGGAAGGUAUCACCAAGAAACUUCAAUCCGAACGUUCAGAAAUUGAACAAAACUCGUCAGAAUCGAUCCACAAGUCACAAAUCGAGUUGGACCAACACAAGGAAGAGCAAAAGUCAAUGAGAGCAAUAGUCGACACCAUGCAAGAAAGAGUACAAAAUAUGACCAAACAGUUGGCAGAGCGUGACGAAGCCAUCAAAAAGAAUCUAUCAGACUUUGAAAACCAAAACUUUACCCAUCAAACCGAGAUUGAUUCUUUCAAGGCCGUGAUUGCAGAGCAUUCCUCAACGAUUACUCAACACACCUCUACCAUUGCUCAACAACAAUCCGAUAUAGAGUCACUCACAAGUGAAAAUGCAAAUGUCACUGCUGAAUUGGAGCGUAGUCAAGCUACCAUUGAAAUGUUGCAAACAGAGAACCAAGAUUUGGAUCAACAACUCAAUGUUAGCAAAUCGAGUGGAUCAAACGAAAAGAAUACACUCCUCGCAAAGAUCAAGGAACUACAAAGAACAUUGGAGCACAAUGUCGUGCAAAUGGAGACCCUCAAGGAACAAACGGUCCAACAAAAUCAAAAGAUACAAAAACUAGAGGCACAAUACGAAAGCACCAAUGUCAAUUAUGUAAAUAGUCUUCACCAAGUUGAAAAGUUGCAAGAAUCGCUCUCUGAAAAGGAUGUCUUGUGCACAUCACUCGAUCAAGAACUCGAGAAAAAGGAAAAGGAUUUGGCCAGCAAGACAGAGGAUGCCAACAAAUCCAAUGCAAGUUUGCGUCAAAUAUCAAAUAUUGUAUUGGGACAACGACCAGGAGAAAUCUCUCACUCACUCCUCGUCAAAUCACUCAUGGAACAAAAGGAAAACAUUCUCACACUCGAAAACACGCUUGAAGGUCAAACCAACCAUAUUCGAGACCUCAACGAUAAGAUUAGAUCACUAGAGUCUCUCUCUGUCGACAUUCUCAUGAACAACCAAAACGAUGAAAAUGCAAUCCUUGCCAACUUUAGACACAGCAAGACUGCAAUCUUUUACUUUGUCAAAAAUAAUGUAUAUGAAGCUGUAAAUAUAAACUCACCAAAUUAUUAUCUCUCUCCUGAUUGUUUAGAUUCUUUCCAAGAUGAAGUAGCAAAGAAAUCAUGCAUAAUUGGAACUAUAAUUGAAAUUAAUACAAUGAAUGCUGAUUCAAGCAAUAUCUAUGGAUUACCAACAGGAACCACUUAUCAUGAAUUAUUGGUUGCCAAAUCAUUUUAA